CUAACGGAAGGUGACGGGGCGAGUGACAAGUAAGCGGCGGGGGGGGGAGGGAGAGGGACUGCGGUAUGAACGGGUUUUACGACGAAUUUGUACGCGCAUCGCGCCUCGUCAACUGUCGCCAAUUGACCGAGCCGUCAAUUGAACACGAUCUGGUGGUCACUUAAGGAGCUUUUGUACGCGCGGAUCCCCGCGAAGGGGCGUUGGACGCGGUGAGGAGGUCGUCGUGAGGUUGCGGUGAGAAAGAGAUGAUGAUGAUGACGAUGGUGAUGCCGCGGGCGAUAAAUAGUCGCGACUCGGUCCCCAGGCGAACUGUCCACGAAUACAGAUAAACAAUGUUGACGUGAAUCACGGCGAAAGCGCAAUUAAUCGCGCGUUCGGGACGGGUGAGCGAGUGAGAGAUACAGGAGAACGAUGUUACUCCGCCUGUGUGUUAGAUAAGACGUGCUAAUCGCCGCUCGCCAGAACGCCGCCCCAGGAGCAAUGGACGAUGAACAGCCGGCGAGGGAGGCCACCAAGAUCUGCGGUGUCUGCGGCGACCGCGCGCUCGGCUACAACUUCAACGCCGUCUCCUGCGAGAGCUGCAAGGCCUUCUUCAGGAGGAACGCGCUGAAGAAUAAGGACUUUAGAUGCCCUUUUACGCAAAACUGUAACAUUACACCUGUAACCAGACGCUUUUGUCAAAAAUGCCGUUUGGACAAAUGCUUCAGUAUUGGUAUGCGCAAGGAUUAUAUUAUGUCUGAAGAGGACAAAGUCCUAAAGCGUAAGAAGAUCGAGAAAAAUCGCGCGACAAAACGAUCUCAAUCCGAUAAUGCCAAAGCAUCAAAGAUCAAAAAAGAUUCUGUAGAUGACUGUACGUUUGAAGACACAUCGGUAUCGGUUAAUUCAGUCGCAUCAACAGAGACGUAUUUUUGGGAAUCAGACAGAAAAUACACAGAUCUAGACGGUAACAGGCAGAAUGUUGUCGAGAGUAUGAGCCCAGUGACAGCAGCUAGUGUACCUAGUCCUUCGAGUCCACCGGAGAGUACGAAUAUCGCUGAAACGAAGACGUUGGACAUGCUGAAGGAUUCCACUCAUGGUUCGAAGCCUAAUCUUGCAAGCCGCGUGAAAUCAUUCACCGAUUUCAAUAUGGCACCUCCUGAUACAGGAAAUAAUAAGAAUACACCAUCAAAUUCAGCGGAAUACGAGCAAAAUUCGCUAGAAUUAAGUCCCGAAUUUGUAAAUGUUAAUAGCGAAUUGUCGAGUUACAGUCCUUCGUUUGACGAAAAUACGGCCAAUUACUCCAAAUUUGAGCAAAGCAACGAGCAAAAUUCCUUGGUGUACGUUGAUUGUGCAUCGAAUAGUGGAACGAGUCGACCUGAUUCGAGUUCACAAGCACAACUCGUGAAGGAAGACAUAACAAUAUGUCAGAAACCGAAGGAGAUGUGUUCGAGCGGAAAUAAUUUAGUCGCCAAGUUCAAGCAAAAUCCCAAUCUGUUUACAAAAUUCGUCAAUAAUCCAAAUUUAAUCGCCAAGAUACUUCAGGAUCAAAGGGUAGUAAUGAAGAUUAUGACGGACCCUGAUAUGGCCACGUGUUUGGCAACGGAUCCGCAUAUCAUACAAUUUUUAGAGGAAAAUGAUGCAACUGAUGCGAGUAACAGGCGUGGUGACAACAAAACAGGAAGUCAGUUUCAGAAAGAAACUUCGCGGAAUAAUGAUAGCUCGAGCAAUAUUACCAGAUAUACGCCAAAAUCCAAAAGUAGUCACGUCGAAAAUCCGAUCCUGACAGGUUUAAUUAAUCCUAACACGGAUGAAUGCAAAAAUCAAAAUGUAGAACCUAGCAUAAGUACAGAUUGGAAUAAAAAUACAGCCGAUGUUACCAGAGAUAUUCUUCAAGAUGUUCAAAGAAUACCUAUCGCUGCCAAUUCUAUAGAGUCUAUCUUAUGCGAAGCCAUCAAGUUGGAAUAUUCAGCAUUUUCUAGUUUCGGGGGUAAUCAAAUCAGUAGAGAAUUGAAUGAUUCCGAAAGAGCGAAAUUAAACGAACUGAUAGUUGCCAAUAAAGCAUUAUUAGCUCCACUAGAUGAUGACAUAACAAAUUUGGUUGGCGAAGAAUGUAAAUUUAAGAAUAAUUCUGGACAAUCUGAUCCAAUGUUAUUGGAUGUUAUAAAUUUAACAGCGAUAGCGAUUAGACGCUUGAUAAAGAUGUCCAAGAAAAUAAACGCCUUCAAAAAUAUGUGUCAAGAGGAUCAGUUAGCUUUACUGAAAGGCGGUUGUACGGAAAUGUUGAUUCUAAGAUCAGCCAUUAAUUAUGAUCCAGAUAAAGAUAUGUGGAAAAUACCUCAUAGCCAAGAGAGUAUGUCCAAUAUCAAAGUUGACGUUUUGAAGGAAGCAAAGGGAAAUUUGUAUGCCGAGCACGCUAGAUUCGUUAGAACAUUCGAUCCCCGAUGGCGGGAUGAAAACAUUAUUCUAAUUUUAAGCGCUAUCACUUUGUUUACUCCCGAUAGACCGAGGGUCGUGCAUAGUGAUGUUAUUAAAUUGGAGCAGAAUUCAUACUAUUAUCUUCUCAGACGAUAUCUGGAAAGUGUUUAUCCUGGUUGUGAAGCCAAGUCCACAUUUCUCAAGUUAAUACAGAAGAUUUCUGAACUCCAUAAAUUAAAUGACGAAGUUGUGGGAGUUUAUUUAAAUGUCAAUCCAUCCAGUGUAGAGCCACUGCUUAUAGAAAUAUUCGACUUAAAGCACUGAUGAUUAAUUUAUAGAGUCAUGCAUUUUCAUUUUGUUUAUAUAAUAAGAAAACAAACUAAAAAACUAAGAAAACUGCAUUCUUGCUAAAAUAUAUUUGUAAUAGUAUUGUAAGUAAAAAAUUGAUAGUAGUAUCAUUGUUGCAAAAAUUCACACAAAUCUGAUUAUGAUAAGUAAAAUUGAAUUUCUCUGCCUCUGUAUAAAUAUACAUAGCAAUACAAUUUUAAAUAUUUGCGUGAUGGAACAAAAAGACUUCAUACACAUAUAAAAGAUAUAGAGAAUAUAAAAAUAGUUUGAUACAGUAUCAAGAAUGUGUAGAAAUUACAACAGAAAAAAUCAAGCAAAUAUAUAAUGUAGACAUCUCAUGAUGAUAAGUGAAAAGUAGUGAUAACAAUAUGAAUGACAAUUUAAUAGUUCUCAUUGCAGAUCAAUUUGAAAUAUAAUGUUGAUUGAAUGCUAAGAAUGGGGUAAAAAUAUCAUAUUUAAUGAUAGCAAUAUUUCGCUUCAUAUUAGAUAUGUAAUGUUAUAUCAGUAAACAUAUUCCACAGAAUAUCCUUUAAAUUUUAUAUCAUUCUCUUCGCAUACUGAGAAUAAGUGUACAACGACAGCAUAAUAAUUCCUAGGUGGCUGUUUGACACAUGUUUUUUCUCGGGGGAUAGUUAAAUCUAUAUUAAAAAUAUAUAUUUUUUUUAAAAAUGUCAAAUUUUACAUUUUAAAUAAUUAUACGUUAUUUAUAUGACAAGGCCUGUGAAUUCUCACAAAUCUAUAUUAUGUACAUAUAAAAUUAUAAGUGUUGUUAAAAGUUUGUGCUUUAAAGGAUGUAUUGAGAAAAUGAGAUUUCAAUGCAAAUCUGACUAUGAAUUGUGGUGAUUAUAAAUUUUAGCUAUAAACGGAAUAAGAGGAAUAUUAUGAUAUUUGUGUGCAAGUGUUGUGUGUACGCAUGUUACUGUUGCAAUGUACAUGAGAUAAAUAUUGUGAUACAUCCUGAUAUAAAUAUAUUUUUCAAAGAUAUAUUACGUGCCAUAUGUAAUUUCAUGUUGACAAUGAAUUCCUUGGGAUCUCCAAAUAAAGUUUUUUUCAUAUUAU